AUGAUUCGCUCACUUUUCCAUCGCUCCUAUUCCUCAACGCUCCAUCCUCUCCGUUCCAUCAUCUCAAUGUCUGACAAAGGGAUUUUCACCCGCCUUCCUUACGCUGUCAAACCAAUAAAAUAUUCCAUAGAGUUCAUUCCUAACAUCCCCAAGUGUAUUUUUAACGGCUUGCAGACCAUAGAUGUCCAGCCUGCUGAUGCCUGCCGUGCUUUCCCAUGCUGGGAUGAACCCGACCGCAAGGCCGUCUUCGAGGUUAGCCUGGUUGUCCUGGAUGACCUAGUCGCCCUUUCCAAUAUGAGGUCCACAGUCGAUGACUUGGUUUUUCAGGGGUUUACAACCAGAGGUGUCCCGCGUUCCGAUCGACCCUCCUUCGGAUUUACCUGUUCCUCCGAGCGAUCGAAACUACGUUAG